AUGAAAGAGUUUCAGAUCUUCCUCCAGUCGGGAUUAUCCAAACCCGAAUACAACCAAGAGUAUGUGAGGAAGCUAAAAUCCUUACCAAUAUUUGAAACAACACAUGGUGAACGAGUGAGGAUUGAUGGAACUAAACAGGUUUAUGUUCUCGACAUCAAAUAUUCAGUGCGAUUUCCAGAUUUGUUCAACCUGCCCAACAGCAACAGCAUUUUUCUCAAGUACAACCUCGAGAACUACAAGCUGUCAGAAACACUCAACAUUCAGGUCCUGGAUGAUUUGCAGUAUUUCAUGAAGUUCAUUCUGCCUGCUGUACACCAACUCACAGAGACACAGAUUCUUCACAGCUUCAAACUGUUGCUGUCACUACAUUACUCUUCAGAGGACAAGAAAACUAUCAUCUCCUCACUGAAGACGGUGAAACUGAUUCGCAGUUCUCAAGGUAGACUGGAGCCUGCAUCAUACUACUUUGAUGAGAGUGUGGAGCUGUACAAACAAAUGCUGCCUCAAGAGAAAUUUGUACCUGACAGAUUUUGGACUGAGUUGUGUGACGGAGAUUACUACACAACAGAAAAAGCAAAGCGGCUAGUCAGAGAAUUUGGAAUGAAGCAUGUUGUGUCAAACGAUGAGAUAAUACAUUUUGCACACCAGCUGGAAUCAAAAGCAAAAGGAAAAGGAAGAAUUGAAGACCUGAAACUGAAAUCAUCAUUACUUUUCAGGAAAGCCUUGUAUAAAGCAUGUGAUGCCAAAGACAACAAGGAAAGGUUGCUGGAAAGCAUUGCUGACAUCAAAUUCAUUUUUCCAGUAUUGAUUCGAAAAGAACUGUCCAACUACCACCGACCAUUUGCUGCUGAAGGAACUACUGUUAAAAUUAGAGGCUCGUUGAUUGACAAAAAAACUGAGCAUCAAGAUUUGAUUUGGACCUCCAUGCCAAUUAUAGACCUACCAUUUAUGUCACAAAGUCUUCAGAAAAUGAUAAAAAAUGCAGGAGCUCAUGAGGAACCACCUCCAAACUGUGUAACCAGUAACAUAAGAAACAUCUGUCAGUCAUCAUGUGAAACUGACCAGCUGAUAAAAACACGAGCUGAAGUGUUCAGAAGUUCCUACGCUUACCUGCAAGCAAAAAGAUUUGAAGGAAACCAGCUGGCUGGUCUUCCUGUUGUGUUGGUUGAAAAAGACACAAAACUUAUGAGGCCUGAUGACGUGUGUCUGUCGCUCUCCUAUGAUCUGGACUUCAGACCAUAUCUGUACAAGAUUACUCCAGAAGAUGCAAUGUAUGCACCGUUCUUUCAGAAAAUUGGUGUGAAGAACGAAGCUACUGCAGAGCAAUACUGUAAUGUUUUGGCAGCAGUUUACGCUGACUCCUGUGAUAAAAAGAAACUACAUUUGAACCAGCUGAGAACUGUGAAACGAGCUGUUGAGCAGUUGUUUAAGUUAAUCAGAAUUCAGGGAAACCAGAAGCUUCUUGAAAAUGUGGAGACUCUGUAUCUUCCUGCAGUAGAUGGUACAUUAUACCCAUCAUCCACACUCUGCUACAACGACACAGUGUUUGAGACCAAAAGGUUGGAAGAAGCACUGGAGAACAAGUUCCUGCUGCUUGAGAAACUCAGUGAAUGUUAUUUGGGCAACGACAAAUACAAGCAUCAUCAGCUGUUGGAACUGCUGCCUCAGAAAUUUCAGCCAAAGAUGCUGUCUGAGUUCACAGAGGAAAGAGUUGUGGAAUCAAAGAUGCAGCCUUGUGAACUUGGGACUGGCUGUGAAUUUAGUGGAUGGUUUGAUAAACAUCUCUCCUCAGGAGCCUUUAAAUAUGGAUUAAUUUGUUUUAUUAGAGAGAAUUCUCAAGGCAAAAUAACACAAGAAGAUGCCACUAAAAUGUGUGAGAAGACUUUUGGCAGUAUACAAAUUUUGUGCUGCAAAACUUUGGAAACAGCUCUCUGGCUUGAUAAACAGCCACUUCCCAAAACUGAUGAAGAAACAGAUGUUUUUGUGAAACGAGGGCAACAAGGAUGCACCUUUUACUUGAAGCACAAUGAUGAGAUGGCUCUCAAAGUGAUAAAUGAAGUCAUCAUGACACUGACAAAGGAGAUUAAUGUUCUUUUAGGAAACAGAAUUGCAUUGGUUCAUCUUCCAGUGCUGGCACAACUCCUCAUGUGUGAUGAUCUGCAAGAUAUUCGGAAAACUCUGGCUAAAAAUCAGAUCCGUGACAGUGCUGAAACUGAAAGUUCCUCUUUUAGCCUACCAGCCCCUGGGACAGAGAUUCCAGGAGAAUGGCAUGAUUGUUUGGACAUGAAUGUCCUCAACAACUUUGAAGAGGGGGAAUAUGUUGGCUACAGCAUUGAUGACAAAUACAUUUAUACAGUUAUUGUUGAAGAACUGCCUGGUCACAAUGGACGAUAUUCAUGGAGAUACAAAGUAGAUAUUGGAGAAGAUGAGCCCAUUGAAGUCAGCUGUGUUGAUCUGUUUCAGUUUAAACGAGAAAAGAAGGUAAAAACAGAAAGGAGGAAAUGCAUGGAGCCAGAACCACAGAAGAAGAUGCUAAAACCAGAAGAAAACACUUGCAUGGAGCUGGAACCACUGACAGGAGCUGUGCCGCAUUCUUCUGAAUCAUCAACAAGUUCCUUACCGGCAUCUGUUGAGGAAGCUAAAAGGGAAAUUGAUAAAUGUUUGGCAGAGAUCUGGAAGCUUCCUGAGGAGGAGAGGCACAAAGCCAUCAAGAGACUGUACCUCAGGUGGCACCCUGACAAAAAUCUGGAUUGUGAGUCUCUCGCCAAUGAGGCAUUCAAAUAUCUACAGAAUCGAAUUGAUGAGCUCAGCAAAGCCAAAGCUGCAGGCUUGACCUUUUCAAGCAGAAAUACAAAUUUCAGAGGCUUUUAUCAACAGUGGAAUCAGGAGGCCAGGUAUCACAGAAAUAGUCGAGAGAGGUUCUCUAGAGGUUAUAGAGGUUUCCAUUCCUACAACUUCUGGACCCACAAUGAAAAUGUCCCAAGGCCAGACAGAGAAGAGGCCAGACGCUGGUGUAGACAGGCUCGCUGUGAUCUCAAUGCAGCUCACAAAGACACUGGUGGAGGGAGCACAGAGUGGUGUCUGUUUAAGGUCCAUCAAGCAGUGGAAAAGUCUCUCAUAGCAGCAUGCUAUAAAAGAAAUGGACAACACCCCAACAGCAGCUCAAUUUCAACCACUGCUGCACAAGUUUCCCGCUACAGCCCCCAACUGAGAGAUCUGCCUGAGAUUGUGAAAAACCUGCAGACACUCGGGGUGGAUCCCAAAAGGACUCAAUAUCCCAACUGCCAUCCAUAUCCCCACAUACCGAACGGACAAUUCAGAUCAGAGAAUGAAAUGCUGGCACUGAACAAGGCAUCUGAGCUCCUUAAUAAAAUAGAAGCAUAUGUGAAUUAAGGACUCAAGACAGAUGGACUAUCAAUUAGUGUGACUGUGUUUUGACAUGUUAAACGGAUGAUAUCAACAAUCUAAAGCUGAAAUAUUAUUUAGCAUCACAACCAAAAUCAUUUCAAGUUGUCUAAUUUUUCACAGUAAUAAUCACAGAAAACAUUAAAUGAAAAAUGUUUUUUAUUUGUGUCAAUGCUAUUUACUCACUAGUGGAUAUCUAAGGAUGAUAUCUACAAUCUAAAACUGAAAUAUUAUUUAUCAUCACAACCAAAAUUUA